UUUUAAUAUGUCUAUAAAUGCUGAUAAUGAGCAUUUUACGUCAUCUAAUCUUUUUGAACAUUAUGACUUUUCUUUAAUUCAAAACAACAAUUCUUUAAUUAAUAGAGAAGGAACAAAUAUUGAAGAUUUGGUUGUAUUUAUUGCACUAGAAUCACUUGGCACUUUGGCUAUUACUUUAAAUAUAUGCCUCUGUGUUGUACUUCUUCGACAUAAAUAUUUAAAUAGAGCUAGUUUUGUUUUAAUGUUAAGUCUAGCUUUGGCUGAUGUUCUUCAUGUUGGUGUUAAAUUAUUUAAUAUACUUGAUUGGACUGCUUGGAGUAUAACACUUACACAUAUGUCUGCAAUCUGUUUAGACAGAUUACUUGCUAUUAUGAUGUAUAGUCGUUAUAAUCAAUUUAUUACUGUUGAUAGAGCUCGAAAAUUCACUAUAUUUUGUUGGACUGCCUUUUUUGCUUUAAACAUUUCUUAUAUUCUUGCCCAAUUUUGUUGUUUAAUUACUCCUCUACGCGAAAUUCAUUUUUAUACUUUUGGUUAUGGAGAAUUUGAAUCUGAAGCCAAAUUAAGAGAAUCCCCAUUUGGAGGUGCCAAUCUAUUUAAAUUAACAUAUACACCUAUAGAACUAUUUACUUUAACUAUUUUAUCUAUUUCAAAUCCAAUAACACUUAUACAAUUAUAUAGAAGACAUAAAAGGAAAAUGGCCCUUAGAAUGUAA